AUGUCUCUCGAUGAUGUUGAACACCCUUUAUUUAAAUAUAUUCUCGUUCCUUACGAUAUCAACCUCCCUGUUCAAGAGCUAACAUUCGAAGGCCGGGAAGACAACUUCAGAGAACAACUUAAAACGCAUUUAAAUAAUGAAAAGAUUAAUUGUUUAAACCAACAAAACUUCAAAGACUUCAAAGAACAGCUCAAACUUAAAGCAGAAGGAAAGAUUGAUGACGAUGGCUUAGAUAAAGUCGUACAGGGAUCUUCACAAAACUACCAGAUAAUACCUUUAACUCUGCCUAGCAAAGCAAAUGGAUAUGAAGGGAUCAACGCGUACAUAGACAGCGUCGGGAGGAUUAAAGACAUACCCGCUAAUGCAAGAGCAAGCAGGAUCUGCUCCACUGAUAUCCGCGGAGACUGUUUUUUGUCGCUUGUCUUUGAUGACGAAGAAAUAUUUAGAAGAAAAGAUUUUACUUUAAAAGACUAUGAACGAUUAAUUAAAAACCCGCCAGAUGCUACCGGACG